AUGGGUGCAUCUGGUUCUGUAAUAAAUAAAUAAUUUAUUAUUUAUCUUAAUAAAAUUACUUUUAAAUAUUUUAUAAUUAGAACUUACCUGCCAAUAAUUUAGUGGUUUUGUUGCAUUUGGAAGACACAAAAAAGAUAAAAGCGUUAAUUGAACAAAAGACUAAGGAAGAAAACUUUAAUAUAAAUGAUCCUAUAAACAAGAUGGGAGAUACAAUAUUGCAUUAUGCAGCUUAUAAAAAGAAUAAAGACUUAGUAAAGUAUCUCUUACUGCAAGGUUCGAGCCCGAAUUUAAAAAAUACAAGAGACUAAACACCUAUAGAUGUUGCUGGAGAUGAAGAAAUAAAAUCUUUACUUUCAUAAAAACACUGAUACUUACUAUAAAUAUUAUAUAAAUUCCUAUAUAAAGAGGCAAUUUAAUCAUUGCUAUAAAUUUAAGUUAUUAAUAAAAUUAUAUUCUGUAAAAAAUAAAAAUUUUUUUAAUUAUAUCCAGUUUCAUCAUUAAAUAAUUUAUUAAUUCAGUUUGAGUAACACAAAAGCAAUUAAGGAAUUCUAAUUUGAUAAAUUUUAAUUUGUAAAAUCUUAUUGUAGUAGUAGUACUUUUUCAUUUAUUUUUUUAUCCAAUGUUAGCUUAUUAUUAAGCUUUUUUGUGUUAUUUUUGAUAAGAAGCUUUAGUUUAAAUUAACAUUUCCUAAUAAAAUUACAUAUAUGA